GAGAUGCAGGACAAGAGAAGACUACCAGAUGACUUUGAAACGAUGCUUGCCUAGAAGUAGUGAUUCGGGUUUUCCUAAGGAGGGAGGACGGCAGCAUGGACUCCAGGCGGGCGGCGGUGCUGCUGCUGUUGCUUCUGUCAAUGGACUGGGGCCAUGCCGAAGGGCCAGGGGGCCAGGACGGAGACCAGCUCUUUGUGGAAAAAGACAUCGGACUCGGCGCACCACAGCGUACCCAGAACCCUGGGUCCCUCCUGCGCUCCCUGCUCCAGUCCAUGGAGCGAACUGGCUGGAGCCCAGCCUUCCUGUUUCAGCCCCAGAGGGUUGGCAGAAAUACCUGGGCCUGGAAUAGCAAGCGGCUGAGUCCCUGGGCUGGAGAGUUCUGGAGCCUGGCUGUCCCUCAGCGCUUUGGCAAGAAGUAACAGUGUCACCCCAUGAUGUGUUUGCAUGCAAAGCUCACACCCUAAAAUCCCAUGUGACCCCCUCCCCAUACC